AGUCUCACCCCCAUAUUCCCACCCCUGUUGUUUAAAACCGCAUCAAUAAACACUCAGUCCGCGCGCAAAGAGAGCCAGACCUCACAUUCUCUUACAGAUAAGUCGUGCCUUCACAGUAAGCAACCCACCACUACGACUGAAACGUUUAAUUUAGUAUGAGCUAAGCGGAUUAACUUACCUUAGUUCUUCCUAUUUGCGUUUUUAGUGACUCUUGGUUUAAUCCUCUACAAAUCUCUGUACCCAAACCAUUAUCGUGCUUCUUUAAGACGGAUAUUUUACGCGGAGAGACUAUCUUAAAUGAUUAUUGCUAUGGAUUUACAAACAUUAAAUGACACAUCUGGGAUUUGGGAAUGUCUCCAGUCUCAGAACAGUUCGGUUCUGAACGCGCUCGCCAACGGGAGUUUGGAGGUUCCCAACGGCACCUGCGGAGACGCGCUUCUGCUACCCAAGACGCAUCCUCAGCGCCCCAAAGAAAUGGAUUCACUCCGCAUACUUCUGUACGCUCUCAUCUUCUUUCUGAGUGUGUUUGGAAAUCUGCUCAUCAUCGUGGUUUUGGUGGUAAAUAAGCGAAUGCGGACGGUCACCAAUUCCUUCCUGCUCUCCCUGGCCAUCAGUGACCUUAUGAUGGCUGUUUUCUGCAUGCCCUUCACUUUGAUUCCCAACCUUCUGGAAGAUUUCAUCUUCGGAGCUGCUAUGUGCAAGAUCGUGGCGUAUCUGAUGGGAAUCUCAGUGUGCAUAUCGACCUUGAGUCUGGUGGCUAUAGCAAUAGAGAGGUACAGUGCGAUCUGCAACCCGCUGAAGUCGAGGGCGUGGCAGACCAGAUCCCAUGCCUACAAAGUCAUCGCUACAACAUGGGCUCUGUCCUUCUUUAUAAUGAUACCCUACCCCAUCUUCAGCACCCUGGUUAAGUUCACCAAACCCAACAACAUCACAGCUCACAUGUGCAGACAUGACUGGCCAAAGGAAGAAGUGGAGCAAGCAUGGUGUAUCCUGUUGCUGUUCGUUCUGUUCUUCAUUCCUGGAGUGGUGAUGAUCAUCGCCUACGGUCUCAUUUCUCGAGAGCUCUACCGUGGAAUACAAUUUGAACUGGAACAGAAAAAGGGACAGUGUGGAAUGAAAAAUGGUAUCAGUGCCACUAUUUCAACUAGCAGCGAUGAUGGAGAUGGCUGCUACAUCCAGGUUCCCAAGAGGCCCAACUCCAUGGAGAUGUCAGCUCUUACUCCGACGGGGUCCGCAAAGGUGGACCGACCCCGCAGCAACACGUCCGAGGCUAAACUAAUGGCCAAGAAGCGAGUGAUCCGGAUGCUCAUUGUCAUCGUUGCCAUGUUCUUCAUCUGCUGGAUGCCUCUGUACUCUGUGAACACCUGGAAAGCCUUUGACUUAGCUUCGGCACACAGGGCUCUUUCUGGUGCCCCCAUCUCCUUCAUCCACCUGUUGUCGUACACCUCUGCCUGCGUUAACCCUAUCAUCUACUGCUUUAUGAAUAAGCGCUUUCGGAAGGCGCUGUUCACCACCUUCUCGUGCUGUUGCUGGCUCUGCCGUAGACGGGGCAACAGGGAGGGUGAUGAUGAGGUCACCGCUACUGGUGUCUCUAUGUCUAAGUUCAACUACACCACCGUAAGCACUAUGGGGACGUGCUGAUUUUUAAUGCAGGGACACUUUUGAGGACCCAGGAUGGGAUAGACAGAAGAGUUGGGGUUUGGGUUGACAAAAGGUUUGAGCUGAUUAUUACCAACUUUAACCAUUUUGCCUAAAGUUGUGUUCUUACCUCUCCUGAUACAGUAGGUGAAUGAUGUGAAUAGCUGAAUUCAAAGAAAACAAGGGGGUAGCACUUUAUCUUGCAGUCUUGUUGUACAUGUACAUACUAUAGUAUAUGCGUACUGUGUAAUUACUAGAUACCAGUGCUAAACCUAUCCCUAAACCUAACCCUAACCCCUGUUGAAUACCUGUAGUCUUUUUUCGUUGGGUAAGUACACUACAAGUACACUGUAGGUGCACUUACUGUAAAAAUAAAGUGCAACCAGUUAGGCUGUAGCAGACUUAUCGUAUAUCGCCUGCCUGCAACAAAGACAAUUGCAUGGUAUCUCAUCAUUGGAUGUUUAAUGGACCACAUUGCUGAUGUUGUUACAUAUACACCAUUGACUUGUAUAAAUGUAUAUACCUUUGGCAGCAAAACCAUUUGAUUUGGUAGAGGGUCACACCUGCCAACUGUUUUUGCUGUAAUAUUUGUCACAUUUAUUGCUAACAAAUGCAAAGACGGUCACAGACUAAUAGCGCUUUUCCAUUGCAUAGUACGGCUGUGGCUCAGUACAGCUUACUUUUGGGGGGAAGGCUUUCCACUGUGCACAGUACCAAGUACCUAAUACUUUUUGUAGUACCACCUCGGCUGAGUGACGUUUUAACAGUGCAGAUCACUACGAGCUUCAUAACUUGCCCUUAUGCGCCUCCAAGCGGUGAAAAACAUCCACAUGAAUCAACAUCACCAUUCCAUCGAUAUGAACCAUUGCUCUUGUGUUGUGCAUUUGUUUGUACCACAUUAACAAUGAUGUCACGGUAGUAGAGACAACUAUAACGACAACUCUAUAAACCCUACCCACUCUGAAGUGGUACUAAACUGCAGUGGAAAAGCAAACUAAGCCAAAGUAAAGCGAGCCGAGCUGCGUGGUUCCCUGCUGAGCCGAAUCGUAACAUGCAAUGGAAAAGCGACUUAAAGGUCCAGUGUGGGUUUUUAGCAGCAUCUAGCAGAAGCAGAAGCUACAGCAGCUGCCAAAGGACAAACAUGUCGUCCUCUGAGACAACGUAGGGACAAAACACACUCCGUAAAACAGUUUGUCCAUUUAGGGCUAAUGUAGAAACAUGACGGCGACUUCCAUGUAAGUGGACCUGCGGUGUAUGUAGAUAAAAACGUCUCAUUCUAAGGUAAUAAAAACAAUACAGUUCAUUAUGUAAGGUCUUUACACACCAUUGAUAAUAUAUGUAUAUUGCAUUUCUGUCAAGAGAUCCUUCUAGAAGUCCCACAUUGCACCUUUAAGUGACCACAUUCCUCUCUAAAUUUAGGGAGAAAUACACCCUGUAUAACAGUCGCUGUUGUGAUACGUCUCUUUACAUUUGCUCGGGAUCAGAUCAGAGUAGGACUUGUCGGUUCAUCGAUGCGAAAAGCUCACUGGUCCCUGCCGACUCAAUGCCGCUGUGCCGUACCGACUUAGUGAUGGCAUCGACAUGUCUGAUGUUGCUGGAGAAUCAGCCGAGCCAUUAACUUAGUAGGCAGUCGAAUCUCUGAGGCUCACUCACCCAUUGUUAGAUGCACCGUACUGACCCCUGAUUCUCAAACGGUUAUGUAAAUUAGGCUCACAUUGGGAAAAAUAGGCUUAAAAUUGGCUAGUCGGAUGCCAGCCUGUACGCUGUCAUACGUUAAGUGCCUGCUUUGCAUAUCCAGUGUUUUGAAAAUCUUUUGUGCUGUCAGGGCUUUUCUUCAGAGUGUUUGUCUCAUCAGAAGAAGUACUGUGAAGGACGACUUCUUUUCGAAGCCUUUAUGGAAAAAUGAUCAGUAUUCAGCUGUCUAGAAUACUGACAUAUCUGAAUUUCUCAUACAGCAUAAUUACAAAGCCUGAGCCUACAUUGUCUUUAUAUAAAAGGAUUAUUUAAAAACACUUAUUAAUUGCAGUAUUACAAAAAAAAAAAGGGAAAAUGUAGACUCCAGUCACAGCAUUGUGUCGGUUAUUUUUUGUGCGUGUUUUGUUGUAAGUUGUCCUUCAUGUCCUUCACAGUUUGUAGCUCAUUCUCUUAAGUGGUGGCUAACGCAGAACUUUCGGCUGUCUGAUUAGAUAAAUUUAUGUCGAUCUAUCAUAAUCUCAUAAAUGUUUUAUGGCUGCUUCUGUGUGCCCUUGUACAGAUAGCUACAGUAAAAGCGUAUUACGGUCCUCUAAAUGAUCCUCAUCAAAUAACAGCUCAGAACAGCCAAAACAUUCAAACCUGAUUCCAUGUUGUACUUUUUCCAUUUCAGAAGAGAGAAACCGAGAACGGUUUUGAGGUUUAUUAGAAACUGAGGUAAGAUUAAAUGUCAAAUCUUUUUUACUGCCAUUAGACCCUUGGGAAGAGCGACUUGAGUCACUGUGGUACUUCACGGCUAAAUUGCAUGGGUAAUAAUUCUCAAUUUAUUCAUAUGAUACCAAGUAAUACAUUGCCGUAUGUUUUUUUAAGGUAUACAUGUGACCCAGUCUGUGAAAACCCAGCUUAGUCAUUUUUAGUGAUUUACAUUUUAAGUGGUUUGACAUUUUAUAAUUAUAAUAUAAAGAUUUUGACACGUCAUACACUCGCAGAAAAAAUAUAAAAGCUGUCACUACGACGGUACCCUUUAAAAAGGUCCUACAGUAAUAUAUACCAUUUAGGUGCAGAUAUACAUUUGGUAGCAAUAUGUUUAUGUGAGGUACAGUACUAAUAUGCACUCUUUAGGUACAAAAAAGUAUUUUUUUUAAGGGGUGUCACCGAUAUUGUAAAGUCUGAUAUUCAAUGUGUUCUCAGUUUGUGACACCAC